AUGGGCAGCUCGGUCCGGGUCCACACCAGGCUGACCUACCUGCGCCAUCUCAUCGUCUCCCUGGCGCAGGCGAGGGACAUAGACAGGACGCUUCUGGUCUUCUCGCACGACUACUACGACGAGGAGAUCAACGCGCUAGUGAGGAGCAUCGACUUCGCGAAGGUGAUGCAAAUCUUCUACCCCUACUCGAUCCAGACCCACCCCAACGAGUUCCCGGGGGUGGAUCCGAACGACUGCCCGAGGGAUGCCCGACUCGAGCAGGCGAUAAAGCUGAAAUGCAACAACGCGCUCCAUCCGGACCUGCACGGCCACUACCGCGAGGCGAAGUACACGCAGACGAAGCACCACUGGUGGUGGAAGGCGAACAGGAUCUUCAACCAGCUGCAGUGCACGGCCGGCCACACAGGUAUGGUGGUCUUCUUGGAGGAAGACCACUACGUGGCCGAGGACUUCCUACACAUGCUGCACCUCCUCAGGAGCACGGCAGACCGGAGCUGCCCUCACUGCGAGAUCCUCUGCCUUGGCACCUACCUGAAGACCUACCAGUACCACAGCACGGGAGACAAGCGGAAGCAGCUGAACCUGAACUACAUCCAGCAAGUGCGCGCAGCCAACGAGGAGAGGAGGCGACGGCUGCGGGAGACCCAGACCUGGAACUACCAGGUCUACCCGUACCUGUACUCCAGAAACCAAAAGGUGGAAAUAACGCCGUGGCACUCGAGCAUGCACAACAUGGGAAUGGUGUUCAACAGGACCGUGUGGAACAACAUAAUGGAGCUCCAGGAACAGUUCUGCGCGUACGACGACUACAACUGGGACUAUUCGCUUCUGCAUCUGUCCCAGAACAGGCCCGGAAGGGAGAAGUUCAGGGUGAUAUUGUGCAAGGGACCUCGGGUGUUUCACAUCGGGGAGUGCGGUAUCCACCACAAGAAGUCCAACUGUAACGCGUCGACGGUCAUCAGCAAGGUGCAGAAGUUGCUGCAGAAUGCCAAGGGCUACAUGUUCCCGUCUAGGGUCUCCACCACCAUCAGCGCUGGCGGGGCGAAGCACAACAAGAAGCUCACCAAGGGGAACGGUGGUUGGGGCGACAUUAGAGACCAAGAGCUUUGCACCAACAUGACGAAAGUGGACAGGCAGCCGAGGAGAUACGUGCAGUACGCC